AGGAAGUAUUACGCCUUCGGCUACGCGACUCCACAUUUUCAUUCGUAUCUCCCUCUCCCAAGGGAGGCCGCCCGCAGAUGCAUAGUAGUUAGCUUCAUCUCCAGCUUCUUCCAAUGGCAUGGAGGCGAAGGAAGCUCUAAAUCUAUGUUCUCCAUCCCUCAUGCUCUUCCCUAAAUUUAAACUACUCAUCUCGACGACAACCCUAGCCGCCACCGCCGCUGAGGUACGCCCCUUCCAUCAUCUCCUCCCUUCCAUCAAAGCCUACUACUCCUCCUCCUCGUCUUCCCCCGUUGAUAUUCCCCCUUUCGACGCCCUCGUCUCCGGUAUCCUCGACUCUGAUCCCGCCGCCUUCACCCGUGGCUUUCGUGCUCCGGACUCCAUCAAGCCUCUCCUCUCCGAGCCUCACCUAUUCCUCGCUGCCCUGCGCUCAGUCCGACGCCGCCCUCGCCUCGCCCUCCGCUUCUUCCGCUGGGCCGAGAGCCAGCCCGGCUUCCCCUGCUCGGAGGCCGCCUUCUGCGCCGUCCUCCAGAUACUCGCUGAGGGCGGCCUCAUGCGUGCCGCCUACUCCGUCGCCCAGCGUGUGCUUCACCUCCGUCUCCACGGCAUCGUUGACCUCCUUAUCGACGGACACGCUGGUCCCGAGGCCACGGCCCCCCUCCUGGAUCUGCUUCUCUGGCUGUACACCAAGUGUUCGAUGGUGGAGCUCGCCGUGUCCACCUUCUAUAAGAUGGUAGCCCACGGGUUCCUGCCGGACGUCAAGAACUGCAACAGGAUUCUGAGGAUCUUGAGGGACACGGCCCAGUGGACGGAGGAAGGAAAGGCGGAAGAGGCUCUCAAGAUUUUGGGCGAGAUGGAAGAUCAGGACGCUGGGUGCUUACCCAAUGAUAUUACCUAUAAUGUCAUCAUCAACGGCCUGUCAAAGAAGGGGGAAUUGGACAAGGCAGAGAAGUUGCUUGACAAAAUGAGGUGCUCCCGAAAGGCCUCAUCUUUUACUUACAAUCCUUUGAUUAGUGGGUUAUUCAGCAAAGGUUUUGUCGACGAGGCACUGGGUUUCAGGGAUGAGAUGGUGGGGUUCGGAGUGAUGCCAACAGUGGUGACUUACAAUGCUUUAAUCUAUGGGUUGUGUAGGAGUGGACGGAUGGAAGAGGCCCAGGAGAAGUUUGUCGAAAUGGGUAAGAUGAAUCUGGCACAAGAUGUAGUAUCUUACAACUCUUUAAUUUAUGGGUAUUGCAGAUUAGGGAAUGUAAAAGAGGCUCUAUGCUUGUUUAAUCAUCUGAGAGAUGCACAUAUAGCUCCUAAUAUUAGAACUUACAACAUUCUUAUAGAUGGUCAUUGUAGAUUGGGAGCCCUGGAUGGGGCUCAGAAGUUUAAGGAGGAGAUGAUUUGUUCGGGGUUUCUGCCCGAUGUUUAUACGUAUACCAUUCUGGUAAAUGGGUCUUGCAAGAUGGGAAAUCUUGCCAUGGCAAAAGGAUUUUUUGAUGAGAUGUUACAAAAAGGUCUCGAGCCAGAUUGCCAUGUGUACACAACAAGAAUAGUUGGAGAAUUGAAGUUAGGGGAUACUUCUAAGGCUUUUCAAUUGCGGGAAGAGAUGAAAGCAAAAGGCAUCACUCCUAAUAUAGUUACCUACAAUGUUCUGAUAGAUGGGCUAUGCAAGAUGGGAAAUCUGAAAGAGGCAUAUGGUUUGUGGCAAAAGAUGGUACAUGAUGGAUUUCAUCCAAAUUGUGUAACCUAUACUUGCUUAAUUAAUGCACAUUGCGAGAAGGGUCAUAUGAGAGAAGCAAAAUAUCUGUUUGAUAGCAUGCUUAGUAAUAAUUUAUCGCCGACAGUCGUCACCUACACUGUUCUCAUUCAUGCACAUGCAAAUAAAGGAAAUUUGGAGGCUGCAUAUGGCUACUUCUCCAAGAUGCUGGAGGAGAAUGUCUUGCCUAACGAAAUAACUUAUAAUGCCCUCAUAAAUGGGCUCUGUAGAAAGCACAAGGUUGAAUUGGCUUAUGAGCUCUUUGACAAGAUGCAAGGAAAUGGUUUGUCCCCAAAUAAGUAUACAUAUACUUUACUCAUAAAUGAAAAUUGCAAUUUGGGUAACUGGAAAGAAGCACUGAGGUUGUAUGCUGAAAUGCAUGAGAAAGAAAUUAUUCCUGAUUUUUGCACUCAGAAUGUUUUGUUUAAAGGUUUUGGUGAAGACUUCAAGCAUCAUGCAGUGAAAUUUUUAGAAACUGAUGUUCUUUGCAGUUAAUUGAUGAUUCAAAUGCCAUAGUUAUACAUGGUCAGGGGCAGACAAAUAAGAAUUUGUGUGUUGACAUUUGUAUCACAAUUGUAUUUUUUUUCCUCUGGCAGCAGUGAUAGCAGAUAUUCAGCAUGUCUGAUGAUACGUCCACAGGCAUGUAGCUGUCCAAGUGUCCAGAGUGACUUCCAAAGACAGCAAAUAAUCUAGCACUGGCAAACUCCAGUCCUUUGCUGUGUUAAGUCAGUCAUGAUGAUGUAUUCCAUUAAAGCAUGAUGCUAAUCUGUAUGACUGAUGGUUCAUUCACAUAAAGGAGGCCACACCCAGUAAACAACCAGACAAUUUGCAGUGUUGGUGGACUUGAGUCUAAAAUAUGCAGUUUUUUCUUUUAAAUUUGUAUGAGAUGAAUAAUCAUUUUUUUAUCCUCUCAAGGGAUGAUAUCACAAAGUUGCAGCAGGUAAGGUGACAUGAUAAAUUUGUAAAUUCAUACUAUUCUUUGUAACACAAUAGUACAUCAAGCUUUGGUCUUUCA